GCUCGUCCAAUCAUGUUGCUUCACUGAUGUAUAAAAGCAGCGGGACCAGAGGGAGUCUACAUGAUCAAGCCAUGGCCUUCCUGUGGAUCCUUUCCUGCCUUGCCUUCGUCGGCACCGCCUACGGUUGCGGCUCACCCGCCAUCCCUCCCGUCAUCACCGGUUACGCCCGUAUUGUGAACGGUGAGGAGGCUGUGCCUCACUCCUGGCCCUGGCAGGUGUCCCUUCAGGAUUACACUGGCUUCCACUUCUGUGGAGGCUCUCUCAUCAGUGAGACCUGGGUGGUGACCGCUGCUCACUGCAGUGUCAAGACCGGCGACCGUGUGGUCAUCGGAGAACAUGACCGCUCCUCAAAUGCCGAGAGCAUCCAGGUGAUUUCUCCUAGCAAGGUGUUCAGACACCCCCAGUACAACGGCUACACCAUCAAUAAUGACAUCACCCUCAUCAAGCUGUCCAGCCCCGCCCAGCUCAACAUGCGGGUUUCCCCCGUAUGCCUGGCUGAGACCGCCGAUAACUUCCCCGGAGGCCUAAGGUGUGUGACAACUGGCUGGGGUCUGACCCGCUACAAUGCCGCCAACACCCCCGCCCUGCUCCAGCAGGCCACUCUGCCCCUGCUGACCAAUGCUGAAUGCAGCAAACACUGGGGCACCAAGGUCACAGACCUGAUGAUCUGCGCUGGAGCCGCUGGAGCCUCCUCCUGCAUGGGUGACUCUGGUGGUCCUCUGGUCUGCGAGAAGAAUGGAGUCUGGACUCUGGUGGGUAUUGUGUCCUGGGGCAGCGGCACCUGCAACACCAGCACCCCUGGAGUCUACGCCCGUGUCACUAAGUUGCGCGCCUGGGUCGACCAGACCAUCGCUGCCAACUGAGGAUGCUCAUUGUGCCUCCACUUCUAGCCUGAUCUUCAAUAAAACACAGAAACUGUGACAAAA